AUGGGCGACGACAUUCGGGUCGAGCUCGGCUCGGUCGCGCUCAACGGCGCAUCCCCAAAGAAAGUCGCCUACUUUUACGAUUCUGAUAUCGGCAACUAUGCCUACGUCACUGGACACCCUAUGAAGCCUCAUCGCAUUCGUCUGGCGCAUAGCUUGAUCAUGCAGUACAACCUCUACCAGAAGAUGGAAAUCUACCGCGCGAAGCCAGCGACCAGAGGCGAAAUGACCCAGUUUCACACGGACGAUUACAUCGACUUCCUGCAGAAGGUGACGCCUGAUAACAUGGAUAGCUUCAUGCGAGAGCAGGGCAAGUACAAUGUGGGAGACGACUGUCCCGUUUUCGAUGGUCUCUUCGAGUUUUGUGGUAUUAGCGCCGGUGGCAGCAUGGAGGGCGCAGCGCGCCUGAACCGCCAAAAGUGUGACAUCGCCAUCAACUGGGCUGGUGGUCUCCAUCACGCCAAAAAGUGCGAGGCAAGCGGUUUUUGCUACGUCAAUGACAUCGUCCUCGGAAUUCUCGAACUCCUCCGAUUCAAGAAGCGCGUCCUCUACGUCGAUAUCGAUGUUCACCACGGCGACGGUGUCGAAGAGGCCUUCUAUACGACCGACCGCGUCAUGACCGUAUCUUUCCAUAAGUACGGCGAGUACUUCCCCGGAACUGGCGAACUCAGAGACACCGGUAUCGGCCAGGGGAAGAACUACGCCGUCAACUUUCCCCUCCGAGACGGCAUCACGGAUGUGUCUUACCGAUCAAUCUUCCAGCCCGUCAUCGAGAACGUCAUGAAAUACUUCCAGCCCGAGGCGGUUGUCUUGCAGUGCGGCGGCGACAGUCUCUCUGGCGAUCGAUUGGGUUGCUUCAACCUGAGCAUGGACGGUCACGCUAACUGCGUCAACUUUGUCAAGAGUUUCAACCUGCCCACUCUUGUGCUUGGUGGUGGUGGCUACACGAUGCGAAAUGUCGCCCGUACAUGGGCCUUUGAGACGGGUGUUCUUGUGGGGCAAGAGAUGGAGCGCACCCUGCCUUACAACGAAUACUACGAGUACUAUGCUCCUGAUUUCGAGUUGAACGUCCGAUCCUCCAACAUGGAGAACUCCAACAGCCGGGAGUACCUCGAGAAGAUCACAUCCGCCGUCAUUGACAACCUGCGACAGACCGGCCCUGCGCCAAGUGUGCAGAUGCAGGAUGUCCCACGAAAGCCUUUUGGUGGUAUGACUGACGAGGAGGAAGCCGAGCUGGAGGACAUGGACGAAGAUGAGAACAAGGAUGUUCGCAUGACUGAACAUCGUUGGGACAAGCGAGUCGAGCACGAAGGCGAGUUCGAGCCCAGCGAAGACGACGACGAAAUGGCACGCGCUCACGGUGCUACCCGACAAAACGGCAACAAGCGCACCUUUACCGAUUACCGUAAGGGGGAAAUGGAGGUGGACAGCGGCAAUGCCACGCCCAAGGCUCCGAAUGGCGCUUCUGCUGAGGAGCCUGCUGGUGAUGAUGCUCAUGAUGUGAACGACGAUACCAUCGAGGACAUGUCAGCGCAUGAGCAACCAGAGAAGGAUCAGCCUGAGAAGGAAGCUGAGAAACCAGAGGAGACGGCCAAGGAGACCGAGAAGACCAGCGUGGACAACGACGGCGACGUGGGAAUGACGGACUCGGCACCCGCAGAAGAGACAACGACUAUUAAAAAGGAAGACGUCGAGCCCGAAACUACUGCCGAACCAGCAGCGCCCGCUGAGAAGCCUACACAAGAGGAGCCCACAACUAAGGAAGCGCCAGAAGCUACCAAGGAGACUACAUCAGAACCGAAGCCCACCGAGGAGGCCGCUGAGAAACCCGCAGAGGCAACUGAGCAAAAAGACAAGGCCGAGCCAGCUGGUGACGCUAUGGACGUGGACAACGAGAAAGAAAAGCCAAAGGAGUCGGAGGCACCCAAGGAGAAGAGCAAGAGCCCCUCAAGCUAG